UUUAGUCACUACUGGAAGCAGUUCCUUGGCAGAGUAACGGGACUCGUCGUUCGGAGCAAUUGUGUGUGCGUUUGUUGUGAGGUUUUAUAGAGGAUCAUUUUAUUUGCUUUUAUCAUCGUCCGGAAUCAGGUGUCCUCUGUCGUCCGUGGAGGACAACGGAAAUCAAAGGAAAGAUGCAUAAAUUUGCAACCGGGCAAAUUUUUGCAGCAAUCUGUUGCAUGUCAUUGUUGCCUCAAUUGCUGUACCGAUCCGUGGCGGAAGCUCAGCACCAACCGGGAGAUGAAACGUGCGAGACACUGCCCUCGGAGAUUCAUCUAAUCAAAGAGGAAUACGACGAACUGGGCCGCCUGUAUCGGACCUGCAACGGCGAUGUGACGGUGAACAAGUGCGAAGGUAAAUGCAACAGCCAAGUCCAACCGUCGGUUAUCACGGCUACUGGGUUCCUGAAGGAGUGCUACUGCUGCCGGGAGUCGUUUCUGCGGGAACGUCAGCUUCAGCUGAACCACUGCUACGAUCCGGACGGUGUCCGGAUGACCGAUCACGAUGCUGCCACCAUGGAAAUCCGUCUGAAGGAACCGAUCGACUGCAAGUGCUACAAGUGCGGUGAUUUCGUUCGCUAGAUUUCCUGCCGGCUUGGGAAAUAUUGAAGUGAUUGAAGAGCAGAAGCCCCUUUUCGAUUUGGUGAUUGUCGUCGUGAUCAGUGCCCGAAAUCGUUAUGUGCCACCUGAUUUGAUUUUCGUUUAGUCUAAGUGCCCUCAAAAUGUUAAAUCGGUUCUGAUUAGUAAUAAAACAAAAAU